AUGCUUGAAGCAAACGACCUGUAUGAAAAUGUUUGUGAGGCUGAAUUAGAUGAUAGUAAGAAAACAGCUGCGUGGCAAAGGAAAGACGCAAAUGCGAAAAAAUGUAUAGUUGCAACUGUUAGUAAAAAGACCCUAUUACAUAUAAUAGAUUGUAAAACAGCAAAUGAGAUGUGGCUUAAAAUACAUCAAAUCUAUGAAAAAGAAAGUGAUCAGCAAAGGUGCAGUUUGCUUCAAGCAUUUUAUAAUAAAACCUUUAGUGCCGAUGAAGAUAUUGCGACACACAUCAGUAGUCUAAAGAAUAUGGCGUUUAGAUUAAAUGCGUUAAACACUAAAUUAGAUAAUAAUAUGUUAAUUUCAAAAAUACUGGCAACGCUGCCAGACAAAUAUGGACACUUUGUAAGUGCAUGGGAAUCCACUGCACAGUCCGAGAAAACGUUAGAAAACUUAACCGCAAGAUUAAUAGAUGAAGAAACAAGAGUCCAAAAGCAAGAUCAGGAGCAACCAUUAGCGUUUAAAGCAACAGAUAAAAUCUAUACCAAAUACGGAAAAAACAGCCCAAGUGCAACAGCGAACCAGAGAGUUCCACAGAAUCAGGAUAGAAACGUGAAAAAAUGUUUCAAGUGCAAUAAAAUAGGGCACACUGCAAAAACGUUCCACCAAAUAAAAAAUCCAGUAGACCAAAGAUGCGGAAUUUGUAAAAAGACAAACCACCUUGAAAAGAACUGCUUCUUCAGAAACAAAACAGGAAGAUCCUAG